UUUUUACAUUUUUACGGUAACACGUGCGCGCUCGCCCAAACACGCUGACGUUACACACUUUUUAUCGCAUAAAGUCCCGCUUCCGCUGGGAAACACACGUCGGCAAAGAGUCUCCAGCGCUCCUGGAAAUGUCCGCCUGCCAGUCGUGGAGGUUAACGCGCUACGGCCGCUUCGUGCCGGGCUCCACGGGGGAGCAGCCAUGGAAGAUAUUUGAGGCAAAAGACAAUAAACCAGGCAUUUUCCUCACAAUUGUGGGAUCUGGAUACUUGCUGGUAUUGCAAGGACAGGAGUCUCUGGACACAAUCCCUUUGUUUGGCGAAUCCCAUUUUCUCAAAGUGCAACAGAAAUCUGACAACCUGAUGUUUCGAUUUACUUUACAGGGGGAGAGCCGCAUGUCGAGGAUGCAGUUUGGCGGAAGGUGCCGCGCGGAGGCAAUCAAGGAAUGCUCGAGUGCUCUGGAGAAACUGCAGGAGUACACGUCCGUCAGCACUCACGAUGACACCCCAUCGCCCGCUAAGCCGCCGCCCCCCGCUGAGGCCUCUGCACCAGUGAUACAGACCGGUCGGGGAAAGGCUGUGGAGGUGGACGCUGAGGGAUCAUUGUCCAUCAGGAGUCUUACCCAGCGUUUGUUGGACCGUCCACAGCACAUCUUGGGAGAGACUGUCGUGUCUCUACCUCGAGUGUAUCACCAAGGUUCGUUGGUCCAAGUCGACUUUGAGCCCAUCCUGCGUGUUUGUCUGCUGGAUCCCAGCUUUCCUGCGUUUGUGGAGGAGAUGGAAGGGGAGCUAGAGAAACUGCUUGAAGAGUGAAGAAUCUCAACGUACGCUGGAAGCCGAAAGGUCAACACAGCGCCAUGUGGUUUCGGUUUGGUUUGUGUAGGCAGCGUCUUGUGGCGUUUGAAUGUUUCUUGCUGUGCUGCCGAUGCUGUUGAUAUUUUUUACAUUGCUUGUUACUGUAUGUGGCCUGAAGGCGACGCUUUGAAAUGGAGGCGGUGAAAAGAAGAACUUACAAUACAAUAAAUAUCUGGAUUCAAUUUAACAUUUUUUAUUCAGAAAAAAAAAUAUUGGUCUCAACCAUA